AUGGACAUAGAUUUCAUAUACCUGCUUUGCCUGGGGCUGUGCUUGUGCUAUGGAGAUGAGGAAGAGAAUGAGGAACUUCCCAGGCCUUCCAUCAGUGCCUGGCCCAGCUCUGUGGUCAGAUGCAAAAGUAACGUCACUCUCCGAUGCUGGACUCAUUUCCAGAACGUUACAGUUACUCUGGGAAAGUUGCACAACUCUGGGUACCAGCAGGAGCUAAGAUCAGUGGCAAAGGAGGCUGAGUUCCACCUCACUCACGUGCAGCCUGAAGAUGCUGGGGGCUAUUUCUGUGCUUACAAGACAGCAGCCUCCCAAAGGUGGUCAGCACGGAGUCAGCACCUACAGCUGGUGGUCACAGGCAGUGAGCACAUGAUUGGAGCAUCUGUGAUCACAAUACUCAGGAAGAGGACAAUGGAGUGGGAGGAAGUGGAGGAAAUUUCCCCCGACCAUCAAACAGCAAACUCAUCAUCCUUACCACCUUCAGCUGCCUCUGCAUCUCUCUCCUCUUUGUCUCCAUCUACUUUAUCUACAGAUGCACUCAGCAAGAGGACAUGGAUUUGGUUCUCACCACCUACACUGACUGGGUCCAGCUCCAGAGGAUAUGAUGCUCUCUUCCAGCCUCUUUGGGCAAAUGAACUUAGACAGAAGACCAAUGCUUGGGUUCCAGUACCUACAUCUGAUGGCUCACAACUACCUGUAACUCCAGUUCCAUGGGCAGAGACUGAUGGUUCAUUUACCAGUCACCCUCACGCGAAAUGA